AAGCAUAACACCUAAAUCCAAAGAAUAUUCAGAAGAUUUUCGAAAAUUGAUAGUCAAUCGCUAUUUAGAUGGAGAUUCAUUAGGUGAUAUUGCAAAAUACAUGACAAUUUCGCGAGCAACAGUUCAAUCGAUUGUGAAGAGAUACAAAUUAUACAAAACGGUAAAAACUUUUCCAGGUCAUGGAAGAAAAAAAAUAACAACGAAAAGAAUAGACGAUUUUAUACAAAGAACACUGCUCUCUGGUCGAAAAAAAUUGUCUGUUGCAAUGAGAGUAGAGUUGUAGAAUUCAUUAGUUGUUGAAAUUUCUACGACAACGAUUAAAUAUCGGAUGCAUGAAAUUGGAUACUGUGGGCGGGUAGCACGAGAAAAAAACCAUUGAUUAAUGAGCUUAACAAACGAAAACGCUUGGUUUACGCAGGCAGACAUAUCGAGAAAGAUGAUCGGUUUUGGAGAAAGAUUAUAUGAUCAGAUGAAUUAAAGUUCAAUUUAUUUGACUCUGAUGCUAAGGUUAUAGUGUGGAGAAAGGUCAGCUAAGAAUUUAGUUCGAACUGCAUAGUAUCAAUGAUAAAAUAUCAUGGUGGUAAUGUCAAAGUAUGAGGAUAUUUUAGUAGACAAGAUGUGGCUAACCUGGUGCUGAUUGAUGAAAUUUUAACAGUUGAAAGAUAUAAAGAUAUUCUAGAAGAGAAUUUAUUUCAGUGGAUCAAGGAAAUCGAUUUAGGGUCAAACUUUAUAUUUCAACAAGAUAACGAUCCUAAACAUCGAUUAUCUGUUGUAACAAAAUGGUUGGAUAAAAAAUAUCUUAAACGUUUAAACUAGCUGUCACAAAGUUCUGAUUUAAGUUCUAGAGAACAUUUAUGGAUUAUACUCGAUCGACGUAUUCGACAACGUAUUCCACCACCAAAAAAUGCACACGAAUUAAAAGAACUUUUGGUUGAAGAGUGGAAUCAGAUUGGAAGCGAUAUAACUGAAAAAUUAAUUGAUUCAGUUGAAAAUCGUUUACAAGAAUGUCUAAAUCAAGGACGAUUUUCAACUCGAUAUUAA